UUCUUUUACCGUAACUCUUCCUUCCAAACGAUACGAUACGAACUCAACUCAGCCAUGACAUUACAACGCGCUGCUACACGAUCGAUGACGUCACUUCAUCGAAACUCAUUGCCUAUACCUGAUGAACUCGCUGUGGAGAUAUUCUCGAGGCUGCCGUCGAAGGAUAUAGCAAGAUGUCGUUGCGCAUGCAAGCUCUGGUCCUCCAUGCUUCUACGUGAAGAUUUCACAGACUUGUUCUUGACCAAAUCUUCUGCUCGCCCUCAGCUUCUCUUCGCAUGCCAAGAUCACAAUCACAACUAUAUCUUCUUCUCGUCAUCACCUCAUCCUGAAAAAGAAGAGAACUCGUCUUAUGUUGUUGUAGCCGCCAAUCACAAUCUUGCACGUUUCCCUAGUUCCUCCUACAAGUUAUUUGGUUUUACGAAUGGCUUUUGUUAUGGAGCUAGGCCCAGGUCGAGAAAACCAGUGAUAUGUAACCCCAGCACGGGACAGUCCUUGACCUUGCCUAGAUUGAAGUCGAGGAAGUGGUUUGGAGUAGACAACUAUCUUGGAUAUGACCCCGUUUCUAAAGAGUUCAAGGUAUUGUCAAUGGAACGCUCGAAGAUCUCUGCAAAGCACCAAGUUCUGACAUUAGGAAUCAAGAAACUGUCGUGGAGGUUGGUCCAGUGUACCACAGCACAUUAUUCUUCAAAUAAAUGGAUAUCCAUCAGCGGUGUUAUUUACUAUGCAGCUUCAGCCAACAGAUCUUCAGCGAAUUCCAUGGUAGCCUGUUUUGAUAUGAGGGUUGAGAAGUUCAGUUUUGUGAAUUUCGGUAGAACAAUGCAUGAUUCAACAACUCUGGUUAAUUACAAUGGGAAACUGGGUUUGCUUAUGUCUGGAGAUGCUCCUGGUGAGAAUAUUAGUACAACGAGUAAAAGUUUUCAGCUGUGGGUUUUACAAGAUGCUGAAUGGUCCAAGCAUGUAUACAUAUUACCUCCUUCGUGGAAUGAUGUAGUUACAAAAACCAUGUGCUUUGCUGGAAUAAUAGUUGGUACAAACGAAAUCGUCUUAGCACCUUCGCUCCAAAAUGUGCCUUCCUAUGUCAUCUACUUUAAUGUGGAGAGAAAUACAAUAACAAAAGUUGGAAUCCAAGGCAUGGAAGCGUUUCAGGGUAAGAGAUUCAACACCUAUCUCAACUAUGUUGAGAAUGUGAUUCUUCUUUAAGAAUUCAACACCUAUUUUCAAGCUUCAUGAAAAUUCUAAGGGCUUUGUAAUUUGAGUAAAGAAUCAUGGCUUCUGAGUUCAUAUUUAUUGGAUUUUUUUUCCUGGUUAUAUAAAUCGAGUUUAUUUAAAAUAAUUUUGUUUUUGAGAAAAAAAUAUAUCAAUAGAGGAGUAUAAACUAAAAACAAUGAGGACAAAGCAGACAUUCAGAAGAAGUAUUCUUUGAGAGUGAAGUCAGCUGAAUCCAACCGCCAAGCCAGAGGAGUGGAAGGCAUCAUCAUCAUAGAGCCAUGCCGGAUUGGAGAGCGCCAUGGAGUUGUUGAGCUCUUCAGCCAAUAUCUCAACUUGGGGGAUGGUAUCUCUUCUGGUUCUUCACAAGUCAGAUUGUUCUUAGCAUCCAUCUGAAACCAAAAAACACAAAAUCUCUCAUAAGUCAUAACUAAAGCAAUUCUUAAGAGAGACACAUUGAAGCGGAGUCAAGUACCAUUUCUUUAUCAUGCUUGAGAUGCUUUACCUUGAUGCUGGAAGAAUCUGUGUAAAAACAAAACAACAAGCUUUAGCACAAGUUCACAAGCAAAGUGCUUACCAUCAGAACUUACCAUGAUGGAGUAAAAUGUCAGCAGAGAAGUGAUUGUUCCAGAGACUCUGCUGCUCUUCGAUGCAUUUUCUCUUCUUUUCUCAGCAGAGAAGUGAUUGUUCUUCGUUGCAGAAUGUUUUAACUAUGGCCCAUUCAAGACAUGGCCCAGGCCCAUGACGUAAUAAAUAAAAUCUAAGCGAUCCUAUAAACUGGUUAGAUUUUUCUGAUGGAUGAGAAGUCAAAGGUGUCACAUGACUCGCAUUCUAUAAACUGGCUGACGUUUCUUUUGGAUGAGCAGUCAAACGUGUCACACCCUAUAAACUCAUUGUCUAAGCUGAUCUUCUUCUUGUCGGCUAGAUUUAUCAACUUUGUUUAAUAAUAUCAUCAUCCUUGAUUACAUCUCUUUAAUUUGGAAGUUUUAAUUUAAGGUCAAAUCUAUAUUAUUAGUCUAAACCAAAUAUAUUAAAAGCUCUCUUUCCUAUCUUUGUAUAAAUAAAACCACACUAUUAUCCCCCAAUAAAGAAAAACACUAAAGAGAUUGCUACCAAACCCC